AGGAGGUGCGAGCCAAAGAGGCGGGUAGACAAUUGAUCACCCAGCUGCUUUAGUUAGACGUGUGCCCUGACAGCAGAACAGAUGUCUCUUUUUGGUGAUUUUGUUGUGUACCUUUGCUCGAGUACCAGCACUUUUUUAGGGGCUGUUGUUCUCCUGCUCGUCCUCUAUCUCGUAUCCAACAGUUUGACCCGCCGGGAACUCAGGAAGGUGCCUCCUGGUCCCAGUCCUCUACCGCUGCUUGGCAACCUUCUGCAGCUCGAUCUCAAGAGACCUUACGUCACCCUGUGUGAGCUUUCAAAGAAGCAUGGGUCCGUGUUUACGGUCUACCUUGGAACCAGCAGAGUGGUGGUCCUGGCGGGAUACAAAGCAGUCAAAGAAGCUUUGGUGAACCACAGAGAAGAGUUUGGAGACAGAGAUAUCUCCCCUAUCUUCUAUGAUUUGAAUCACGGCCAUGGAAUUCUGUUUGCUAACGGAGAAUCCUGGAAAGAGAUGCGCCGUUUUGCCCUCACCAACCUCAGAGACUUUGGAAUGGGAAAACAACUCUCAGAGCAUAAAAUCUUGGAAGAAUGCCAGUACCUGAUGGAAGUGUUUGAAAAGCACCAAGGGAAACCAUUCAAUACAGCAAGCCCGGUAAAUUAUGCCACAUCCAACAUAAUCUCUGCUAUCGUGUACGGCAGCAGGUUUGAAUACAACGAUCCCCAAUUCAUGAGCAUGGUGGAGAGAUCCAAUGAAUCCAUAAGCGUUGUGGGCUCCGUACAAAUCCAGCUUUACAACAUGUUUCCCAAGCUGGUCAGUUGGACAAAAAAACGGCAGCUUUUAUUAAAUAAUCUGACGAGGACUGUCAGAGAUGUCAAAGAACUAAUCUUGCAUCUGAAAGACACACUGCACCCUCAGUUCUGCAGAGGCCUCGUGGACUGUUUUCUCAUCCAGAUGCAGAAGGACGAAGAGGCUCGUGUUAACACUCACUACAAUGAGAAGAACUUGAUAUUUACAGUGACCAACCUGUUUUCAGCUGGCACUGAUACCACAGCGACUACUCUGAGAUGGAGUUUGCUGCUCAUGGCUAAAUAUCCACAUAUUCAAGACCAGGUCCAGGAGGAGCUGAGCAGGGUGGUGGGAAGCCGUCAGGUCCGAGUAGAGGACAGGAGGAACCUGCCGUACACUGAUGCUGUCAUCCAUGAGACACAGAGACUGGCCAACAUUGUCCCCCUUGCCAUUCCUCACAAAACCAGCCGAGACGUCACCUUCCAGGGCUUCUUCAUCAGUGCGGGGACCACUGUAAUUCCUCUUCUUACUUCUGUCCUUCGUGAUGAGAGUGAAUGGGAGAGCCCAAAUUCUUUUAACCCUUCCCACUUCCUGGAUACGGAAGGUAAAUUUAUCAGGAGAGACGCCUUCAUGCCCUUCUCAGCAGGUAGCAGGGCGUGUCCUGGAGAAAGUCUGGCCAGGAUGGAGCUCUUCCUCUUCUUCACUUCUCUCCUCCAGCGCUUCCGUUUCACUCCUCCACCUGGAGUUAAAGAGGAUGAUCUGGAUCUGACUCCAGCUGUGGGCUUCACCCUCACCCCUUCACCUCAUGAGCUGUGUGCCGUCAGUUGUGAGGGAAUUCAAAAUGAGAAGAUUAUUUAAUUAGUAAAUAACAAUAUACAGCUGCACAAAUCAAACUGUUAGAAAAGCUGUAUUCUACUUGAAUUCAUGAGGCAAAACAUCAAUGUGUUUAAAAGAAGUCACCACAUGGUAGAGAUUAUUGAUUCAUUAUAUAUAUAUUAUCUUUAUUAAUGUAUUGACUACUGUAUUUCCAUGCGCUGCAAGAACACUGAUUCUAAUUGGCUGCUGGGGCUCCAUUCAGCCCUGAUAAGGGGAAAAAAAUAGUAGUUGCAGUAAAAUCGUAGUUAGAGGGAUAUUAGCUAUUCAGAAAACUAUCCCUGCAGUGGUAAAGAAAUCUAAAAAAUAAAUAAUAUUAAAUAAACAAUUUAAAACUUUUAACCAGCCGAUUCUUUUGAUCACAUCAUGUGAUAGUGGUCAUUGUGUAGAUAUGGUCAAACUGUCUUUGGGUUCGGUGUGUUGUGUGUUUUGAAGCACUCCAGGCAUUUACGACGUGUCACAUGGUGGAAGAUUAUGACUUUCAGCCCCAGAUACCUUUCAAAAGCAGCUACAUUCCCUACUAGCUACAUACUUUGUGUUUGGGUGUGAAAUUCAGCGACCCUGUGUAGUUGUUCGGCAUAUCUUAAUUUAUAACUUCUAUAACUUCUCACUAUUCUUUGUCUGGGUGGAUAAAAUGUGCUUAGACAGAGAGAGAAACAGAUAUUGUCAUCCCUGUUGUUUGGUGUGUACAGAAGACAAUAUCUGAUCAUACGGGACGUUUCCUAGUUUUUAAACAGGCCCCACCGCCGCCGCUUCUAUUUCCAAUUCAUCAUCCGUUAUGGAGUCAUUACUUUGAAUCACUUAAAUUUGCUCCAUAAAGAGCAGAGGGCUUUCUCUUGUACUGCCAUAUAAUUUUUUUCUGGUUCUCUUGGUCUUUCUUGAAGGUUUCUUAGCUCGGUCUGCAGGUCUGUUUCCACACUUUUUGUAGUUAGCCUUCCACAAUCUUUAGGAUUGUGGCUGCAGUCGCUUUCUAAAAGAUAUAUGCAUGCAUGUAAAUACAAUUUAUAUUCGCUAAGAUGGAGAAAAUGAAACCAUUAGGAAUCACUAGACCUCAUCGGUGCUUUAGGUGGUUAAUCCCCCUAUGGGCUGUCAUAUUGUUGAGAAAUCUUUAAUGAAGAUAUACUUUUAAAUAUAAUGUUUGUUUUACUAAAACAUGUAAUCAACAACAAGAGUGUCUUAAACUAUCUGUAGGCACGUACUGCAACAAAGUUGUUUGAAUACUUCCCAAAUACUUAAAUACAUGCUUUUUGUGUGGGAGUGGUUACAUACACUUUUUGCAUAAAGUGAACUAUAAACCCAUUGGGCCCUGGGUAAAAUGUGUCUGCUCUGCAGGGGGGUGCUCUGCCACACUCUCACACCCCCAUUGUAAAACACGUUCUAAAAACAGUUAUGUGAAACGGCAUCCUUCCUACAUUGGUUUUGACCCUUUGCAUUAAAGGGUCACAGACAAUUGUUUGUUUCUGAUAACACGUAUGUGCCUGGUCAUCUUGUCUCUAACCAUUUAAUUGUUUUA